AUGAAACACGUUGAGUCAAUUCAGGAUAUGCACACUCGUUUCACAUCCAUCAUCAAUGAGCUUCAUUCUCUUGGAGAAAUCAUUCCAGUCAACAAGCGAAUUCGAAAAAUACUUGCUGUUCUACCAAGUUCUUGGGAGAGUAAAGUUGAUGCCAUAAAUGAAGCUCAUGAUCUGGAGAUCAUGACUAUGAAUGACCUCAUUGGAAACCUCAAAACUCGUGAGUUGAAGAAGCAGAAGGACCUUGAACGGCAAGAGCCAAGAAAGGAGAGAAAACUGGUCCUUAAAGCUGCUAGAAGCGAUUCAAGUGAUGACGAAUCUGAUAUGGCCUAUCUUACAAAAUGUUCCAUAAGAUGAUUCGUAAAAAUGGUGGGUUCUCUAAAAUGAGAAGUUCCAGCAAAAACUUCAAACAAAAUGACUUAUGUCACAAAUGUGGGAAGCCUG